AGCGUUGGAGCAGCAGCAAACACAGAGGUACAGGCGGAGACCACACGGCGGCCAUGGAGUUGCCCAGGGAAUAUGGAUACGUGGUGCUGGUGCUUCUCCUCUAUACCUUCCUGAACUCCUGGAUGGCCUCCAAAGUUGGCAGAGCCCGGAUUAAGUACAAGGUGUCUUAUCCGACCCUCUAUGCCAUCGAGUCCGAGAACAAGGAUGCCAAGCUCUUCAACUGUGUUCAGAGGGGACAUCAAAACUCGCUGGAGCUGAUGCCAGUGUUCUUUGUGAUGUUGCUCUUGGGCGGACUUCGGCAUCCUCUCGUUGCAGCUGGCUUUGGAAUUGAUUACACCAUCGCUCGCUUCUUCUAUUUCAAGGGCUAUUCCAGUGGAAUUCCUGAGAAUCGUUUGAAGAUGUUGGGACUCAGAAUCGUGCCAUUCUUUGGUCUGAUGUCACUGUUAGGCCUCACCAUUUGCACCGUCUCGUUUGGGGUCAAUAUUCUUGGUUUACAUUAACCAAUGGAUGUGUGCUGGUUAACGUACGUUCUGGUGGUAUUUUAGCCGGUACCAUCGACUGAAUUGCAUCCUUCGCGGCUCAUGACUUUGGAAGCUUCAUCUGAAGGAUUGUAGUUUAGUGCCGGAGCUUUUAUGUAGUCUUUUAUUUUUUAAUUUUAUUGGCCGCAUCUACAUUGGUCGCGUGUGAGCUGUCAUUGUAUCAAAAAAAACAAAAAAAAAAAAAAAGCUUUAAUUGUGUUGCUUUAUGGCAUAUAAACUAAAAUUAAGAUAGUAUUUGAUACAGUGUGCAAGGUUUCUUUUAAUUUACUUCUCCCUUCCUUUUCGAUUUA